CCUUAAAGUGUGGAGUGGUCUGUGGAGCUGACCGUGCAUCCCGGCCGUCACGCAUUGUGGCCGCCAGGACUUCACGUUGCGUGUUUUCCACGAUCCGCUGUUGAAACUUUCUAACCCUGUGGUGCCGGUGCGCGGCAGGGAGGGGCGCGCGGAGCCAGAGAGAGGGUACCGACCUCAUUGCCCAUUGCCACUCCUCCCGCCGUGGCAGCAGGCCAUUUUUAUUAAAAAUACUUCCGACUCCGGCCAACAUAUACCGCGCGCUGAUUUUUUGAUCGUAUCCUGCCUUGGCUGUUAAAAUUCAAUAACAAGAACACUUAAAUAUAUUUUAAAGUGGACUAUCGACUAAUUACAAGCAAGCUGUUUGUAACCGAACAUUUUUACAUAAACGGAAACUUUGGUGUUUGUGAUUUUUUUUUAUUAAAAAAGUAAGUGCGCCCCGCGAUCUAUUUUCCGUGUUGGUUCGGGUGCGUUCGUUGCGAAAAGUGGCGGUGUUCGGGUGUCUCCGGCGGCGCUCGCCGCGAGGAGGGCGUCCUAUCAACCCCGCCCGCGCGCAACAGAGACGGAGCACGCUGCUGACAUGGCGACAACACGGAUGGAUUGAUGUUUUUCACGUGGAAAACUCAUCCCUCCGAUAUACCUAGAUGUUUCCCUCGCCCGUCACACGAAAAGCACUGACACUAUGACAAAUUUAAAUUAAAAUGGCUUUUAAAAAGUAAACAUUAUCUAUUGUUGACGUUUUAUUGUAUUGUUCAUGGAACAAGAGAGAACACUUAUGUAUACAUAAUUGAGAUAUUGUUGGAAUAGAUUAUAAGGCUGAUCCGCUGAAUAUCAUAUCUUCCAAAGAAAAUAUUUACUGAAAGAGAAAUGGCUACGCAAAGAUUUUGCCUGAGGUGGAACAACCACCAGUCGAACAUGCUGUCAGUGUUCGACCAAUUGCUGCACGCUGAGACGUUUACUGACGUCACAUUGGCCGUUGAUGGGCAACUGCUGAAAGCACACAAGAUGGUUUUAUCAGCAUGUAGUCCGUAUUUUCAGGCUCUGUUUGUAAACCAUCAAGAAAAACAUCCUAUUGUCAUACUAAAGGACGUUCCUUAUGCAGACAUGAAAAGUUUAUUAGACUUUAUGUACAGAGGAGAAGUGAGUGUUGAUCAAGAGCGUUUAACGGCUUUUUUGAAAGUAGCCGAAAGCUUAAGGAUAAAAGGCCUCACCGAAGUCAACGAGGAGAAAUGUGACAUACCAGCGCUGACUAACUCCCUAAUACAACAACAGGGCGGCGCAUCCGCCCACACUCCACCGCCUCAGUUGCACAGAAUACAUCCUUACGUGCAGCAGCAACAGAAACGACCAGCGUCUGGUAUGCCCACCGGCGGAGCACCACCGAACCUAUUAAUGCCUCUAUUAGGAAAUGCCCUAAUGCAACCUAAAAGGAAACGUGGUCGGCCGCGAAAGCUCAGUGGAAGUUCAAGUGAUGCCUUGAACACAGCAGCUAGUCCUCCGGGCGAAUUCGUGCCAGAAUCAGCAUCCCAUGCAAACUCAAACAGGGCUGGUGACCAGCUGAUUAGGGGCUCUCCAGAAAUGCUGGAAAUGAAAAUGUCAGUGGACGGGUUCAGUGCAGAGGACGGCGGGACGUCGGGUGGUGAGGAUGGCGGCGAGGCGCUGCUGAUUGAUGAAGGCGACGACGCGCACUCUACCGAUGCUCCGAUGACCGGCAAAGAUUCCGAGUCCGCAGACCCCGAUAAACUGUCUAAAGAGGACCCCCCACAAAACUUCCCGACUAACAACGGCCCUGUGCUGUCCAUCGAAAACGGAUCCAUAAAGCAAGAGCCAACUAGCGAUGCCAACGACGGCUAUAAUGAACCGAUCGAAUACAAAUACAAUCCAGACAGGAGCCGCGAAAACUCCAACUCUCAAGAAGGCCCCAUCAAAGAAGCUGACGACAAAAACAGACUAGCUCGUAACUUAAAGCCAAAGAAUAGUAAAAAAUUACUACCCCAAAUGUCAAAAAUUAGAGCCCGAAACCUAUUCAAUCAGCUCUCUGGUCUCCCUAACCUAAAUCCGGCUCUUAACAGCUUUGACAAAUUUCCCCCUGAAACUGUGCUGAUGCCCGCGCUUGCCACACAGUUGUUUGCCGCCGAACUGGAACAGAAUAAUCUUAACUUGGGUAAUAACGAAGUGGCUGAUUUGGCACAAACUAAUUGGGAACAUCGCAUAUUUCCAUCUCCGAUUAGGAAAAAUAAUAUGGGCAGCAUUGGCAAUUAUCACGAAGAAAAUAACGAAUCGGUCAGGGAUUAUUGUAUUAAAGAAGGUGAGAACGUAUUUAGGUGCAAAAUUUGCGCGAGGGUGUACACUCACAUCAGUAAUUUCUGUCGCCACUAUGUCACUUCCCACAAGAAGGACGUCAAAGUUUUCCCGUGUCCCAUUUGCUUUAAGGAGUUCACACGGAAGGAUAAUAUGAUCGCGCAUCUCAAAAUAAUUCAUAAAAAUCAGCCCAAUGCCCACGAGCAAAUGGCAAAACAAGAGUCUUAAUAGAUUCAAGAAGUAGUCAUACUCAAAGUAAAUAAUUAUAAAAUGGAAGUAAUAAAGAUCUGAUAGCGACUGUAGAAAUCAUUCACCUCUACAUAACUCGAUUCAAUUUAUAAAUAGUGAGUAAAAUAAAGAUUGCAAUUGAGUAGGCAUUCGAGCUCUAAGUUUCAUGAAUGUAUCAAUAAGUUUGUUGAUAUUAACGCUAUAAGAGUCGUUUGUUGUUAAUAUUUAUCUAUUUAUUUAUGUUGUUCCAUUUUUUUCUGAAGAGUGCUGAUUUCCAAGAGAUUUAAGAAAUUUUCUACGAUUUACUUGUUGUUUUGCACUUUAUUGUUACUUAAUUUUAUUACUUACAAAAUUUCAGGGUACAAAGUAACUACUCACGGUGAUCGUUAAUUCAAAUGUAGUCUAUCGAUUACUUAUAUUAUUCAAUUCUACACGCAAUUCUCAUUGAACUGAAUUAGUAAGUUUAAUUAGUUUAGUUUUAGUAGUUAUGUUUACGAGUGGUCAAUGGCAAAGCCUUUGGAGUCGACGGUAAAGAAAUAAGGCUGUACGAGUAGCGUGCGAUUCGGUCGCACACUGCUCAAGCCCAUCUUUGAGGCUAGCGAUUCGCAAAAGGCUUGGCAUCCUAUUGCCAUUAUGUAGUGGUUUAAAAUGCAUUUUCAUUUAACUUGCCUUAUUAGUGAUCUUAGUUGUAAAUGAUGAUUUAACUUCGCCGAAGUAAAACUCAACACAGGCUAUGAUUUUAUUCUAUUCUAGAGUUUGUUAAGAUUAAUUUAAAAUAUUUUAUCGAUGUUGAAAUAUUUGGUUGUAAAUGUUAUGCUAUUGAGAACGUACCUAUCUAUUAAAUUACAAAUGAAUAGAGAAAAUCAAUCAUAAAUAGGCUAUAGACAUUUAACAACCUCAUUACAGCGAAAACGUAGCUUAAAAGUUUGUUAAUAACACGUGCAAUCAGUUCCUGACCAGACAAAGCCCCAAAACGCAAAUCGAUGACAUAUAAUAAUAUUUAUCAAUCGUUUAAAAGUAGCUUUGUAGGUAUAUACACUAUUCAGUCUCUAAGCAUAAAUAGAGACUGUUUAUUAAAAUGCAAAAUCUGUUAGGUAACGUAACACGAACUUUUCAAAGACAAUAUUGUGCAAGUGUAGUGCUACAUAGGUAAGCCGAACUUGAUGACAUAUAUACCUGAUAAACAUAUGUAUAGCUUCACGCAUAGUAUUAUACUCUCCUUGAGGAGCCCUAAACUGUACUCUGUCGGAGCCACGUACUUUAAAAAAUAAAAAUAUAUAAAUUAUUAAAUUGUAAAUAUUGAAAAGUCGCAACAAGGCGUUGUUGUUAAAAGUGAUUAGCAAGGUGCUUUGAAAGAGGUUUAUUGACGACUGGAAUCAUGAGAUGAUUGUAAAUUCUAUUUUAGUAGAAACGAGAUGCCUUAAAUAUAAAAUAAGGGAUGGUACUUAUAAUUACUUAGUUAAACUUAGGGGCAAAUGUAGUCUUCCAUGUAUCUAUAGCGACACUUUUCUGUUAUUGUUACUAAUGAAAUUUUUACUCGUACCGAUGUACGGUCAGUACAAAAGCCUGUAUAUUUAACGAGGCAGCUAUGGAGCUGUGACUUAGAUGACUAAAUCAAAUUACACACUAUACCUACUUAAUAAUACAUAUACUAGGAGCCACUAGAAAUCGUACUCAUUUACCCGGAAAGCAGUUUUUCGAUAAUAAAAUCGUAGGUCCAGGGAACGCUUGCCUAUUAGUGUGCCUUUACUUGUAUAGAAAUUAAAGUUCGUCGACUAUUAGGUAACUAAGAAGUUUCAAACAAUAUUAUGUAUAAUUAUUUAUUUUCAUUUUUCAGACUUUACAAUCUAUUUUAAGAAGCUUCCUUAGGAAUAUAGGCACUUUUUAGGCCCAAUUAGUUAAAUAAUAAUUAAAAUUUAAAGUAAGAUAUAUCAUCUCAUGUUUCCCAUUAUAUUUGGAAGGCGAAAAUAAUAAAGGUUUUGAAAACUAAUUAAAUAAAUCAUAUAUGAUUCGAGGCGAUUAAGUCUUGAUAAUCAAUAUUAAGACUGUAAAAUUCAUGAAAAACGAAUUUAUUGUACCUACUUUCAUAAUCUUUAUAAUGAAAUUUAUCUUGGACAAUGAUAGGUACUUAAUGGCGAAAUUUAGACUUAAUAAGGUGAGGCUAUUAUCCAACGUUUUCUAAAAUCUCUUAUUUACGUAUGAUAGUCAAUUUAGCCAGUGCCUAAGCUUAAUUUUUUUUUAUAAUUAGAAAUCUUUCUUUAAUAACUUUAAGUACAUUCUUUCUUUGAUCGUCUAUUUGCGGUAAUUUAUUCUUGUCAGUGUCAAUCCAAAAUUGUAAACCUACUUGAAAUGGUCUAUUAAUUUAUUGAGAGAGAUAUAUGUAAUUAUAUCAAUUCAAUAUUAUUAUUUAUUAAAUGUUAUAUCAUCUAUUGGUGCUAAAUUAUACUUAUAUAAGGAAAUGUCGCAUGUGAUGCGACUGAGAAAAGGAUUGUCCCUAAAAUAUAUAUGUAUUGUUUGUUGAAUAUUGUUGUUUCAAAAUUUUAUCUUAAGUCGUCUUGGUUAAUAUUGUAACGAAAUGUAAAGUUUCAUGAGAAACACGGGACUUCGAUGAAAACUGAACUACGCCGUUCAUGAUUUAAUCAUCUGCUUAUUUAAAAAUAUAAGUAUGUUUUCAUUGUCACUUAAUUAUCCAUAGUUCCAAAGCUAAAAAUAUAAUUAAACUACAUAAUAUAGUAUAUUUAUCACGAUCUUGAAGCAAUAGUAAUAAACACUACAGAUUUAAUUAUAUUAAAUACUUACCUACUGCUUAUUAUAAUAUGUAAGGUUAUCAGAGUUUUCAUUUAUCUGCGUAAAGAGAUACGAAUAAAAUAUAUAAAUUUUAUUGAAAUGAGAAUAUUAUAUAUAAAUAUUUUUAUUCUGAAGUGAAACAUAGACAUUUAUUAAUAAGAACUUGUGUUAUUUUAACUUACGGUACAUUUGGAUGCGUAUUAAUGACUUUAACAAUUUAACUGAUAUAUGUACCUAUGUGUAUUUGUAUGUAGACUCCAUGAGUGGAGUUCAUGAUAUACAAACUAUCGUUCAAAUCACGGAAAUGCCGUUAAACAAGCAAUUCAUAUUUACGCAUCGAAAUGAUAAAACAAUGAAAUACUCUUAAGCUGCUUAAAGGUUAGAGCCCACUAGUCACCACGCAUUAGCCCUGCGUUCAAACAUGUGCAUGGAGUAUCGUUCGUCCAGAGAAGUACUGCCACCUUACCUAUUUCUGCCGCCAAGCAGUAAUGUUAGCAUUACUGUGUUCCGGUUUUGAAGGGUAAGGGUGCUGGUGAAAUUACAAGCACAUGGGACUUGUCAACU